CAAACACGAGGACCAACGCUUGCCGGCUGUUCACCAUGAACGUCGUGAAAAUAUUGGCCAUCAUCGUGGUGACGUCCGUCGUCACUCUCCUGUGUAUUCGCUCGGGUCAGGCGAUGUCCAAGACCUCUGGGACUGUUUACAACAAGACCAGUGAGAAACCGGGAUCCCGAGACCAAGGAAAAUUUCCAUCGGUCAGCAUAACUUCCAAAACCGUCACGCCGAAAGCGACUGAAAACCCGGUAGACGAACAACGGAAAGAAGUGCGGACGAUCGUUGCGGUCGUAACUCCGGAGCCGAAGGGAGAAGAAAGAUUAGAAAACGAAAACCAAACAACAACAUCGACUACCACUAUUUCUACCAUUACCGCUGAACCCUUGCAGUUAGCCACUAGUAGGUCUUUGAAUAGUGGGUUUAACGGUGACAAUCGCAUCACCGUACUCGGACCUUUGGUGUCCGGUAAGAAAACUUCGCCAAUAGUAGUUCGAGGAAAAUUGAUAGGAAAAACAACGCACCAGCCCAACUACCAAGCCAGUAACAGCAUGACUGUUGUGAGCAACAAAGAUGACGAUCACGAUAACGAGGCCAACAUUAUUGUCGAUGCCGAUGUGUAUCACGUGAACAAUAGGCAAAUGGGCAAUAACGAUUACUCGACCAUCGACACGGACAUAUCGGUGGCGGAAGAAGACGGUUCUGCUGGCUAUCAAGAUUCGUACAGCGCUAACCCCAACGACGGAACCGGAUGGAGCUCUAGCGGCCAAACAGGAAGUUACGGCGGUGGCGUUCCGACGAUUGGCCGUCCGCCGUACGGCGUCGCCGCGGUGCCUUACCCAUAUCCGGUCGGCUACAAGCAUCACGUAUCGUACAUAAGUAACGUUCCGCCGGCGUAUCCGUACGGCCACCGUCCCACGGGACAGUACAACAUGAAUAGCAACUUCAAUCAACAGGUGCAGAUGAUCUACGACAAAAUCGACUGGCACAAGGUCGGCAUGAUAGCGCUGUUUAAGAUCGGGCUGGCCAAGCUCAAGGCGUUCGGGUUCCUUAAGAUCCUGUUCCUGAUCGUGUUCAAGCUCAAGAUGUUCCUGAUCGCCAUGUUUUUCAAGUUCCUGUUGAUCGCCAAGCUGAUGAAGCUAUUCAAGUUAAUUAUGAUACCGCUCAUCCUGAUGACGCUCCUGCCGCUAAUCCUGUCACUGUUCUCAGCCCCGAUGCUCGUUGGCGGGCUGUUGACCAUCCCGUCACGAAUACUCGAUUUCCUGACAGGACCAGUGUUCGUACCGGCGUCGGCUACCGCGGCUACCAAAGUUUUCACGGAGUCUACUCCGAUCACGGGCACGGCGGCCGGAAAAAACGGCGUCUUGCCGCCGUCUUUCAGUAAACCAGACGACAUAACGGUAAGCGAUCACCGGCGAUUGGAUAUGUUCAACCCGGCUUUGACUGUAUUCCGGAGAGUGUUGGACUCGGAAAAGUGCGUGGAAAGAAUUGCGUGUCGGAUGGCUGUUGUGGAAAAAGCCGGUGUACUUCCAGUUUGGAUUAAUUGGAUGCUUUAUCGAAUAUCAAAAGUUAUUCCAAAUGAAAAACUAGAAUCUUAUCUCAAAGCAUAUUCUGAUGUAAGCAAUGUGAUAUAUAACAAGUCGGAUAACCCAGUAAAUUGGGUAACAUGGUGCUCAGAACGUUAUGACUGCAAUAUUACUAACACUUCUAAUACGGCAACAAAUAUGAUAGACGCAGUACAAUGAUAAUACUUAUUAUUAGU